AUGGCUCGCAAGCUCAUCAUCGGCACGCCCUACCAAAUCUUGACCGCUGACUUCGAUGGCACGAGCUUCUCCCUCACUGGCAGCGGCAACAAGACCGUUGGCUCGGCUCCCAGCUGGUUGAUUUUCAAGGACCCCAACCGUCUCUACGCCGUCAACGAGAAUGCCGACGAUCUGAAUCUGUUCACGCUUGAUGCCGCCUCGAGCAACCCUACUUUCGCAUCCACCGCGGUGGGCUCGUCAGGCGUCGUCUUCCUCGAGUUCAACGCCGACCAAUCUCGCAUGGUCGGCGCAGCAUACGGCAGCGGCAUGGUCGACGUCUGGGACACCACUGCGACUGACGGCAGUUUGAAGCUUCUGAAGCAAGUUAACGUCACCGGUCCUCUCGGCCCCAACCAGGAAGUCCAUCACCCUCACCAAGCUCUGCUCGACCCAACCGGCCGCUUCUUCGUCAUCCCCGACCUUGGCGGCGAUGCCAUUUUCGUGCUUGACGGCAAGGACGACCGCUACGAAAUCACCGGAAAUGUCACCUUGGAGGCAGGCGCGGGUCCCCGACACGGAGGCUUCAUUACCAGCGGCGACUUGACCUUUUACGUUAUAGCUUGCGAAAUCUCGAACCAAGUCAUCCUGUAUCAGCUGCAUUAUGCCGAGGACACCAUCAAAUUCACCGAGGUCCAGAAGCAGAGCACUUAUGGUCCCGGCUUUCCUCCCGCCAACGCCACAUCAGCAGCAGUCGGAGAACUUGCCGUUGCCAGCAAUAACAAGGAUGUCUACAUCUCCAACCGAUUGAGCGGCAAUGAAACCGACAGCAUCGCACACUUCACCUUCAACUCUGGCGGCACCAAUGGCUCCGCGACCCUCCACUUUGCCGACACCACCUCCAGCGGCGGCUUGCUACCGAGAAUGUUCAGCCUGAGUAUGGACGCCGACGAAAGCCUGGUCUUCGUGGCCAACCAGGGUGGUGACAACGGCCUGGCUGCCUUCAAACGCUGCCCCAAAUCUGGUUCCCUCAGUUCGACACCGGUCGCGACGUUGCCGAGUGCUUCGCUUGUCGCCCCGGAGCUGGCAGCCACACCGAACAUGGGCCCGCAAUUUGUCAAGGAGCUCUGCUAG